CUGCCAGUGAAUCAGUCUGCUAGUGGAGACAGACUAGGAACUGCGGCAGAAGGCACAAGCAAGGCAGUCAAAGCAGAGCCCCAAGAUGUGGUGCUUCCUCGUGCUGCUCUGCUCCCAAGGAAUUGCCUUUUCAGCUUCAACACCCUCCGCUCUGAAUUCAGACAAAAGCCAGUACAGGAAGACUCGCAACCCCGAAUGCUUUAUGAACGUUAGUGAAAUUAUCAGAUAUCAUGGAUACCCCAGCGAGGAAUAUCAAGUUACUACGGAGGAUGGAUACAUUCUUGGUGUCUUCAGAAUUCCCGCUGGGAGGAACAGCCAAAAUACAGGGCAAAAACCUGUAGUCUUCCUACAGCAUGCUUUUCUAGGAGAUGCUACCCACUGGAUUUCUAACCUGCCCAACAACAGUUUGGGCUUCCUCCUCGCAGAUGCUGGCUAUGACGUCUGGAUGGGAAACAGCCGAGGGAACACUUGGUCUUUAAAACACAAGACCCUUAAGCCCAGCCAGAAAGCAUUCUGGCAGUUCAGCUUUGAUGAAAUGGGUAAAUACGAUAUUCCAGCAGAGCUGUACUUCAUCAUGAAUAAAACUGGGCAGAAGGAUGUAUACUAUGUUGGUCACUCUGAAGGCACAACAACAGGCUUCAUAGCAUUUUCUACAUACCCUGAGCUGGCUAAACGGGUGAAAAUGUUCUGUGCUCUGGGCCCAGUAACCACAUGCUCACGUGCUGCAAGCCCUCUGAUUAAGAUAGCAAAUGUUCCUGAAGCACUGCUCAGGUUAGUACUUGGCAGCAAAGGAGCCAUGCACCAAAUCGGAUUUCUGAAAGAACCUGUGAUACAGUUAUGCACAAGCCUGGAUAAGUUUUGUGGCCAUGUACUCUGUUACAUAGCUGGAGGCAACAUAAAAAAUCUGAACACGAGUCGAACAGAUGCAUACGUAGGACAUUCCCCUGCUGGAACAUCAGUACAGAACAUUAUUCAUUGGCAUCAGCUAACACGUGCAGACCAAUUUCAAGCUUAUGACUAUGGCUCUAAGGAAAACAUGAAGAAAUACAACCAGUCUACUCCUCCUGCGUACAAGAUAGAGAAGAUAAGCACACCAAUUGCCGUUUGGAGUGGUGGACGUGACAAAUUUGCAGAUCCGAAAGACAUGGCAAAGCUACUUCCUCGGAUUACUAAUCUCAUUUACCAUGAGCAUUUUCCUGCUUGGGGACAUCUUGAUUUCAUCUGGGGCCUUGAUGCAACUGAGAAAAUGUAUCGGAAAAUCAUUGAACUAAUAACAAAAUACUGUUGA